GAGGAGCAGCGAGUCAAGAUGAGAGUUCGGGAGCAGAUGUUAAAGUGAAUAAUCAGUCAGAAACUACUAAAUGUGCAAUGGACAGUGGUGACGGAAACACCGGAAUCCAGACCAAUGGAUUGGACUUUCAGAGGCAGAUGGUGCCAACCACAAUCGCUAAUGCACACACACAAGCCCUCCUCCAACAGUCUAAGUUGGAAGACUCGGGCGCUCUCCCGACCUCCGUCCAGCAGAGCGUCCAGCCUCAAACCCAGCUAAUGUUGGCCGGGGGACAGAUUGCUGGAUUGGCCCUGACUCCAGCACAGCAGCAGCUGUUGAUCCAGCAGGCUCAAGCUCAGCUCCUGGCUGCAGCUGUGCAGCACUCAGCCAACCAGCAGAACGGCACCACCGGGGCCAGCAUCUCGGCCUCCGCAGCCACACCCAUCACCCAGCUGCCGCUGUCGCAGCCCAUCCAUAUCUCCCCUCAGAAUCUAGGCCUGCCUCAGUUUGUCUUGGUUCAGCCCGGCCACCAGAUUGCCACGUCACUGCAGCCUGCCCAGUUCAUCAUCUCGCAGACGUCACCGGCCCAGCAGGGCAUCUUGCAAGCCCAGAGUCUUCUAACUCAACUACCUCAAAGCCAAGCUAACCUCCUGCCGACUCAACCAAGCAUCACCCUUGCAACUCAGCCUGCAACUCCAACACGGACAACCACCGCCACACCUAUCCAGUCCUUGCCCCAGAGUCAGACCCCACCCAAGCGGUUGGACACCCCGACUCUGGAGGAGCCUAGUGAUCUCGAGGAGCUGGAACAGUUUGCAAAAACUUUCAAACAGAGACGAAUCAAACUGGGCUUUACGCAGGGGGACGUCGGCCUGGCCAUGGGGAAGCUGUAUGGAAACGACUUCAGUCAAACCACCAUCUCUCGCUUUGAGGCCUUGAAUCUGAGCUUUAAAAACAUGUGCAAACUCAAGCCUUUACUGGAGAAGUGGCUCAACGAUGCAGAGAACCUGACAUCUGACCAGGCCUUGUCCAGUCCCAGCGCCCUGGGCUCCGCGGGCAUGGGCAUCGAGGGGAUCAAUCGUAGACGGAAGAAGAGGACCAGUAUCGAGACCAGCAUUCGAGUGGCCUUAGAAAAAAGCUUUCUGGAGCAGAACCAAAAACCUACCUCUGAAGAGAUUACCAUGAUCGCUGACCAGCUCAACAUGGAGAAGGAAGUAAUUCGGGUCUGGUUCUGCAACCGCCGCCAGAAAGAGAAGAGGAUCAACCCCCCCAGCAGUGGCAACAGUAUCGGAGGAAACACCCCCAUCAAAACCAUCUUCACGCCCAGUAGCCCUUUGGUGGCCAGCACAGCAAGCCUUGUUAACAGUCCAACUAUUAACACAUCCACCACUCUGACUGUAAACCCAGUGAUGCCUCUCAGCACCAGCGUCUCCGGUCUGACUUUCACAGGCACGACAGUUGGAGCCACGAACACGGCAUCGGUCAUCUCCACCACGCCCAUCUUCACCACGUCGGUCAGCUCUCCGUCUCUCAGCCCGGCGACUCCCACGGCUCUCCAAGCCUCGUCCACGGACAGCAAAGCCGGCCUUCAGGCCCAGACCAUCGUCACGCAGGCGCCGACGUCCAUAGCCACGACUCUCGGAGGGGGUCAGGUGAUGGUGACGGCGUCGGGGCUGUCGGCCGCGCUGCAGGGCGCCCAGCUUCCCACCAGUGCCAGCUUCGCGGCGAUGGCGGCUGCUGCGGGGCUCAACCCGGGACUGAUGUCCACCCAGUUCACACCAGGGGGCACCCUCCUCAGUCUGACUCCGGGGGGGCUCGGCAGCGCGCUAAGUCCUGCUCUCAUGAGUAGCAGCACCCUGGCUACACUUCAAGCGGCCCUGGCGUCGAGCGGCACGAUCCCCAUCACCUCCCUGGAAGGCGGGAACCUGCUGUUCGCCAACACCUCCGGCACCACGCCCAACCUGGUGACCACGCCGCUCUUCCUGAACCCCCAGAACCUGCAGAACCUGUCGCUGCUGACCAGCAACCCGGUCAGCCUGGUGUCGGCCGGGGCGGGCGGGCUGCAGCUCUCCGCCGACCCCCACCACCAAGCCUCCGCGGCCGCCGUGCCUGUGCAAGCCUCCACCAUCACCACUGCCUCCAAGGCCCAGUGAGGCCGGCGCCGGCGCGGCCGCGUCCCCAACCGACGGCCCGGCUCCUCCGGCGAGCACGAUGCUGUCGCAUCACCGAGGGACGGGGACGCCGACUCCCCGACCUUUGUUUCAUUGUAUCUACCAUUAUUUAAUCCUUUUGCUGCCACCAAAAAGAAAACAACCUCCAAUAAGAUUGGGCAUACUUUUUCUUUUAAAAAAAAUGUUUUUUUUUGUUUUGUUUUUUUUCUUUCGUUUUUGAUUCUUGGACAUUUUUCCAGAAGCAGAAGCCACAUAGACAUUGUUGUUGGCGAGCCUCUGCUCACGAACCCUGACGGGCGUCCGGGACGAAAAGACGUCCCCGGCGCCAUCAAGUUCACAUUUUGUAUAUACAUCCUCCUGUUUCCAACUCUGAUCUCUUUUCUCUACAACACUUCUAACCAAAAACAAAAACUUUUCUCUUUUAACAUUCAAACUUAAACGAUUUUACUAAUUUCACACCGUUAAUCAUCACUAACUGGUUUGUGCACCACCUUAUGAUUAAUUAUGUUUUCUUUUGUUUUUUUUGUCAGGCCUUGACGUGAAUCAUAUCAAAUUUAUAUUUUGGAAACUUUUCUUUAUCCUUACUUUCUAUAUUGUUGACAUUUUCAGAACUUUGUAAAUCUAUUAUUAAGUUAAGAUUUAACUAUCACUUUUUAAUCGUGGUUAUAAGGCUUUAAAAACAAGUAAUAAGUGGCCGAUAUAAAGGUUAUCAUUGCUUUAAGGGUCGGAGGGACCUCGCCGUCUCUCCGAGUCUCCUCUGGAAACACUGACUUUUAUGUUUUUGCUGCGGCGGUGGCGAUGACGCCGCUGC